AUGACUGCUAAUUCGUAUCCCGAUAACUGUGAUUUUGAACCGCAGGACCUCGAACUCGGAGAUCAAGAUUCGCAAUAUGCCCCCACUCCAGGAUACUAUGGUCGCACGCAAGCGUCAAGCUGCGAGUUUAGCCCUUCCCUCGACUAUCACUCCGAGUAUGAUAUGGAAGACCUGUGCUAA